CUUUUUAUCAUCACAAUGUAGGAACAAUACCAGCUAGAUGGGAUAUAAGCUCGUUUAAUGAUAUAUUUGGGAACGCAUGUUUCAAUGGAAAUUGUUCAGAUAUAAAGAUAAAGAACUUGAAAGCUCCUGACUUAGAAAGUAAUCAAGUAGAAGUUCAAGACACGGAACAAAUUGCUGUUAAACUAACAAAUUCAGUACAGAAACGUGAGAUAGUUGCUGUGCAAGAAACAAGUCCAUCAGCAGGGAACAACACACCUGGUGUCCAGCAACCCAUGGACGCCUCACUCAGAAGCGCUGAAAUUAAUAACCCUUUACCAAUGGAAAAGAAAAAAAAGUUUGACGAAGUUGAUUCUUCAGGACCAAUGGAAGUCCAAGUAACUGAAUUAGAUUCUGUUAGCAGGGAUGAAAUGAAUAAAAUAAAAGAGAAAGAAAUAGAACUGAAAAGAAAAGAAUUGCAGCUUAAUUUUAUGGAAAAAAUUUACUCAUUCAUAAAAGGUCCUGAGGAUUUACCGGUUGCGUUACAGUACAUGAAGGAAGUCAAUAUCCAGAUGGAUAGAUUAUCAAAGGGCAGUGUCAUUUUCAGUAUUUACAUUGGCUCACUAGAUGCUUUGCAACAAUUUGAAAAGUUAUGGAGAUAUGGUGGGCUGAAAAGCCUGCUUGACAAAGAAAUGUUAGGUGAAGACAUGCUUAAGGCGUUAAAGGAAACUGCACGUGAAAAUGGCCAUCCAGUUGACAAUAUAAAGUCGGAACUAAAGGUUUUUGAAACAGACAUUGAACGUUGUAGAUCAUCACUGAUGAAGUCAUCCUUUGAGAGGCUACAACUCGAGCAUACAGCGGUUUCCAGUCGUUCUCAUAUUACGCCUGUAGUUGGAGUUUUUAAAGACUGGUUGAAUACAGAAUUAGGAAAAUAUUUGGCGAAUAUAGAUGAUGCCACUAGUCAACAUCUUAUUACACUAGGUGUACAUUAA